AUGCAGCAUUUCGAUGCGGUGAUCUUUCCUGUUGAUGAGCAGCCCCCAUAUCUCGUCACCCUCUACGCGAGUCCCCUUGCCGCCCCGAUCCAGAACCCAUUGGAGCCAUACCGCUGCGGUUGUGUCCCACACCCCGAGAUGUAUUUUGACCACAUUGCGCCGGGCUUGGGCCCUCGUUCGUGGCGCUUUGAGCCCAUUCAGAGGUUGAUGGGGAUGCUCAAAAAUCUUCCCGUGGCCUACAUCGCCUUCUACCCAACCGUCUCGUCCGACGGCAUGACGUUCCCCAUCAACAAGUGUGCGCGGGAGAUUCAAGGUGACGGCCACCAGCCAUCAAAUGCGUGGCGCGGUGACAUCGUCGUCGCGAAAUACGGCAGUGAAUUUGUGACGUUGAUGAAUGCGUCUAUGGCGGACUUCCCCAUAAUCAAGAACUGGCUCUUGCAUAAACCUGGACCAAGCGUUUGA